AUGGCCGACAGCGAGUGCAGCACGACGGAAAAGCGCCCGGUCCAGAAUGCGCACAACUCGACAUCGCUUCGACACAAAGCAGCCGCAGCAGCAAGCAUUCGAGCCCCUACAUUACAGCAGCUUCAGAGCAAGCUCCAAGAUGCAGCUACCAAGUUGUAUCAAUCGACUGUGGUCGAAUUGAUCCUGCGACGCAAGCACCUGGCAGCCUCCCAAGACGGAAGGCACAUCCCUCUGGCCCUCGAGCACACGGAGCCAUUGGUCGACACGAGACGAGGCCAUUCUUACAUCUCCAACAAUGUCCGCACCUCACGGUACACGGUGUGGGAUUUCAUUCCGAAGCAGCUGUUUUUCCAAUUUACUCGCGUUGGCAACUUUUAUUUUCUUUGUGUCGGCAUCCCGCAAAUGAUACCCGGAUUGUCAACGACCGGCUCGUAUACCACAAUUUUGCCAUUGCUUUUCUUUGUCCUCUUAACAAUCGCCAAGGAGGGGUACGACGAUUUCAGGAGACACCGAUUGGACAAGGUGGAAAAUGCCAAUUUUGCGACUGUCCUUGGCCGAGAAGACCAUUACACAGGGAAGCUCAAGCCACCGAAUCUACUCCAGCGUCUGAAUCCAUUCCAUGUCAAGACAACAGCCGAGCCCUGGCCGGCUCCGAUUGACGAGUUCCAAGGCGUUCGUUGGGUCCCUACCAGGUGGAGCAAUAUCAAAGUUGGUGAUGUUGUGAGGCUUUCCCGUGAUGAGCCUAUCCCAGCCGAUUUGGUAUUGUUGCAUAGUGACGGAGAAAAUGACCUCGCAUAUAUUGAUACCAUGGCUCUUGAUGGGGAGACGAAUCUCAAAACUAAACAGGUUUGCCACGCUUUGAAAGCUUGUGGUACUAUUGGAGGAAUCGCAAAAUGCAACGCCGAGUUUGUCGUCGAGGACCCCAAUCCCGAACUGUUCAACUUUGAUGGAAGAGUUACUGUUGAUGGAAAGGCUGCGCCAUUGACUCUCAACGAGGUCAUUUAUCGAGGUAGUGUCAUGAGAAACACGACGUCGGCUACAGGCAUUGUGAUCAACACCGGAGAGGAAUGCAAGCUGCGCAUGAACUCGAACCGACAUCCGAGAGCGAAAAAGCCCUACCUUGAAAAGGUAGUCAACAUGGUCGUCAUUACACUAGCCACCUAUGUGAUUAUUCUUUCUGUCGGUGUCUCAAUGGGCUAUGUUAAAUGGAAGAGCGACUACGAGCAGCAUGCUUGGUAUCUGGACAUGGCCACCGUCCCCUUUUACCAAAUUAUCAUCGCAUUCAUCAUCAUGUUUAACAAUGUCGUGCCACUUGCGCUUUACAUCAGUUUAGAGAUUGUCAAGCUUGGCCAGUUGUUACUACUCAAUUCUGAUAUUGACAUGUACCACGAAGAGUCUGAUACUCCGGCUCGUUGCAAUACCAACACAAUCUUGGAGAAUCUGGGUCAAGUCGGCUAUAUAUUUUCGGACAAAACUGGAACAUUGACGGAUAACAUAAUGAAGUUUCGAAAACUGAGCGUCGCCGGGACAGUUUGGCUACACGAAAUGGACUUACAAGUAGUCGAUGAUGAUAAUGAGGACGACGAUGGAGGCGACGAUAUUCAGAAGACAAUGGUACACUCCGAAGAAAUUGGCUACUUUACUCGAAAACCAUCGAUGCAGAAGUCGGAAAUUACCUCUCCCGUCAUUCGCGAGGAGCAGAUAGACGAUCUAGAGACACCAAUGUCUCCAUCCAGACUAUCGUUUGGUGGCCGGCGAUCGUCCUCGCAAUGGCGCUCCACUGGCCGUCCAGAUCAUAUCCAGCCGGAUGUCAAUACGUCGGAUCUUAUUGAGUAUCUGAGGAUUCGGCCUCAUUCUGCAUUUUCAAGGAAGGCUAGAGAGUAUCUUCUAGCAGUUUCUUUGUGCCAUACCUGCUUACCAGAAGUGAAAGACGGCAAGAUGGAUUUUCAAGCGUCCUCGCCGGACGAGCUAGCUCUGGUUCGAGCUGCGCAAGAGCUAGGGUACCAAGUCAUCCACCGAACGGUCAAAUCAAUCACCUUGCAAGUACCUCAACCAAACGGAGGUAGCGAAAGGAUGACAUUUGAGAUCCUGGACGUCAUCGAAUUCAGUAGUGCACGAAAACGCAUGUCCAUCGUUGUUCGAUAUCCAGAUGGGCGUGUAUGCAUAAUCUGCAAAGGCGCCGACUCUGCGAUUUUGCCCAGGCUAAAACUAGCUUCGUUAGCCAUGCAAAAGGCCAACGAAGUGAGGCAAAGCGCAGACCUAGAGCACGAGAUGUAUCGUCGAAGCCAGCAAUACGAAUCGCGGAAUAGCUUUGGUGGUCGGCCAAGCCUGACUGUGCGACGUAUCUCUGGUCUGCAUCGAGGCCGCAGUGUUGAUCAGCCUCGAUCUUAUUUGAAGAGAACAAAGUCGUUUGAAGUAAAAAAACUUAUGCGACUGUCUGGCGAUCGUCCACGUGGCGGGUCUCCCGCUCCGCGCGGCGUCUCCUUGGAUGUAUCUCGAACGACACUUUUGAGCCCGUCGAGCUAUCAACCACCGCAGCCGGUGCCGGAGCACCUGCGUUUUCUUGAAGACUCGGCAAUCCAUGACGAAUCCGAAGUGUUCACCAAAUGCUUCAAGCACUUGGACGACUUUGCGACGGAGGGACUGAGAACGUUGCUCUACGCUCAAAAGUUUGUCUCCGAUCAUGACUAUCGUUCGUGGAAGAAGUGUUAUGACGACGCGUGUACCAGCUUAGUGAAUCGACAAGACCUUAUUGAGGCGGCGGGCGAUAUGAUUGAGCGGUCGUUUGAGCUGGUUGGUGCCACCGCAAUCGAAGACAAACUCCAACAAGGUGUUCCAGAAACCAUUGACAGAUUGCGACGGGCCAACAUUAAAAUUUGGAUGCUGACCGGCGACAAGCGUGAGACAGCCAUCAACAUUGCGCAUUCCGCUCGCAUAUGCCGACCCGGGUCUGACCUUUACGUGCUGGACGUAACCAAGGAAUCGCUAGAAUCCCAACUCGUCGCGUUGGCCGAGGAGCUACACACAGGAUCAAUCCACAGUGUUGUUGUUAUUGAUGGUCAAACACUGGCAGCGGUUGAAAAGUCUGACGCGCUUUCGAAGCAGUUUUUUGCCAUCAUGCUACUUGUCGAUUCGGUUAUUUGCUGUCGUGCGUCUCCAGCACAAAAAGCUCUCCUAGUCAAGACGGUUCGAUCCUCGUUAGGCAAGUUUAAGAGCAACAAACAUCGUGGUUUGACCUUGGCCAUUGGUGAUGGAGCCAAUGACUUGGCCAUGAUUCAGGCAAGCCAUGUUGGCAUUGGUAUAUCAGGAAAAGAGGGACUCCAGGCUGCGCGUGUUGCAGACUAUGCAAUUGCCCAAUUCCGCUACCUGCAGCGGCUGCUCCUCGUCCAUGGUCGAUGGAACUAUGUUCGUACCGCAAAGUUCAUCCUCUACACGUUUUGGAAGGAAAUGUUCUUCUACCUACCAACUGCGCAAUAUCAAAGAUACAACGGAUACACCGGCACGUCACUCUACCAGGCCACAAGUUUGACUGUGUUCAACACGCUAUUCACAAGCCUGUGCACGAUUUGCAUGGGUAUUUGGGAACAGGAUCUUAGCGCCGAGACACUUCUGGCUGUUCCGGAGCUUUACGUCUAUGGCCAACGCAACACGGGACUGAACACAUGGAAAUAUGUGCGCUGGAUGUUUUUGGCUGCCGUUGAAGGCGUCAUUGCUUGGUACGGAGUAUGGGCAGGUUAUGGUUGGAUCUCCCCCUCGGCUCGUGAUGAGGGCCUCUACGCUCUGGGCACUCUUGCGUUUACUGUAGGUGUGCUGUGGAUCAACUGGAAGCUAUUCAUUUUUGAAACGCACUACAAAUCCCGGAUUGUAAUGGGCUCCUUUUUCAUCACAACAUGGGGUUGGUUUGCCUGGCUCUCCUUCCUGGACGGUGUUUACGCACCAGCCCCGGAGGGUCCUUAUGCAAUCCGGCACACCUUUACAAGAGCAUUCGGUAAUGAUGCCGUCUGGUGGGCGACUGCUUUCAUCGUCCUCGCGUUCCUGGGACUCAUGGAACUUGUGGGCAAAUCCAUCAAGCGCAACAUGUUGGUAGCGGGCGUGUGGCACUGGCCACCAUGGAAGAUGCACCGUCUGAGCGACAAUGUCGAGGAGUGGGAUCUUGAAGUCUGGCAGGAGAUGGAACAGGACCCCAAGGUCCGCGAGCGUUUAAGGAGGUUGGCCAAUGAUGAGGAGACAAUGGAAGAUGUAGAAGCGGAGGAUGUGUUCAAUGUUGAGGCUAGAAUGGAUGGGUAA